GUGAGACGGUGGCAGCACAGCUCGGAUGGGAUUGGUACAGCAGGUUAGGGAUGCAAACGAGUCACCGUUUAAGCUGCUGUGGUUCUCCUGAUUUUAUGUUCAUUUCUAGAAAUGUAAAAAGCAGUAAAUUAAGACACAACGUGCAAACAUGAACAAUCUGUAAAGAUUAACAGGGUUUUCCUGCCGUUACGAGGAGCUGAGGCCCAAAACAGCUUGGGUGCUGGCCAUGAAUGUAAAACAUUAACAUCUGCUCAUUUGGCAGGUGUUUGUUUAAAAUGUGCUCUAGGGUUAAGAAUAAUAAUAAUAAUGGUCCAAAAUGAUGUGGAAUUGCAGAUUUCUCUAUGGGAUAACAUUUUCUCGGGAGGAUCUCUUUGCUUACAGACAGUACUCGAUAUGAAACGUCGUGAAAAACGAGUCAGUGUUGAAAGUGUUUACAAGGUUGGUGAGAGGAUGAAGAGGGACUUUUGUCCUGCGCUCAAGAAGAGAAAAUGACUCUAUGAACACAGGUCAGGUAAACUCGCGUUCAGGUGCAGCUGCAGCGCUGCUACGCCAGCUGGCCAUCGCGUCUCCGUCUGUUGGUUUCUCGCCAGACUGAACAAUAUCGGCGUGAAAUACAACUAUGUAUUACCUUUAUUUAGCUCCAGUCCUCAGUUAGUGGGACCAGUCCAGCCAGCGCUCGGAUGUGAUGGCACUGCUAAAAGGCACAUUCAUUUUAAAACAAGACGGUGAUUAUCUGUCUCUCAGUGAACAACUCUGGACUAAUGCAGCAAAGCAGUGGAUUCACAGUUACUAUUAAAAUGUUGAUCAGCAGGGCAGACUGGGUACUAUGGUUGUACUAGUGCUGAAGUACUCGAGACCGGUCUUUUUGAUGGUCUUGGACUCGACCGCAUGUCUCGGUCUCAGACGUCGAGGACUCUGGAUUUUAUUUCAAGACCGUAACUUUGGGAAUAUUAACAAAUUGCUUUUGCGUCGUCUGAUUUAUUAACAUCCUGACUUUGACUUCUUCAAAUGCAGCCAAAAACCCUGAUUAAACUUGUUCCCGUUAACGCCUGCCCCCCCCUCCCCGCGAUGCUCAGCGUGGAAAAGGAGCGUUGAAUAAAGAUGCUGACGUUGAUUUCAGCUCUGUUUGUUUGCGGGUGUUUUAAUGGGAAUGUGGAUCUUUCAGAUCAACUUGAGUCCCUCUGAUCUCGAUCCACAUUUUUAGUGUGUGUGAUGUAAUGUGGGGAACUGGUCUCGGUUGGGCGGUCCAGACUACAACACUAGGCUGCACAUCUCCCAGUAAUUACUAAACAUCACUUAUUCAGUCAAGUUAAUAAGAGCUGGACAAUAAAACGGUACCAAUUAUUGCGACAAUGACAAUAUAACAAAUGUUCAAUAAAAGUUUGAUCUUCAUCCGAAUCCUGAACAAAGCACUUUUUCUAUUAAGAUGUUUAUUUUGUUGAGUGAAAAAAGAUUAAACUUUAUUGUACUGGGGCGUAUUUGUUGAAAACAGAUGUUCCCGUCACGGUUCUGAGUGUUCUGCCUCAGAUUUGUGAAGCGAUCCGCUCUUCAGUGAGUGAUUUUCAUGUUCUGACCACGAAGAAAAGUUUAAACCACAAUUAAUCAUCUGGUUUCACUCAGGAGCAAAAAUCAGCCUUGAAACUUGAUACAAGUGAUAAUUUGUCAUUUAUCCUGAUAAUUAUCGUAUCAAAUGAAAUGGGAUUUAUUAUAUGUGAUAACAUUUUCGGCCAUGUCGCCCAGGCAGAGUAUAAACAGUAUUUUAGCUUUAAAGAAACCUGGGAGCCAGUUUAACUCUGAUAUCUAGCAAGUAUUGAUAUAUAUAAUUUACAGGGGCUCUGCUUUAAUUUGGCAGUAGAGUAGAUGCUGGAUCAUAAGCCAGGAUUAGCCCAGUUGAUCCAAAUCCAGUACCAGCACAGACCCAGGAGAAACACAGGCAGCAGCAGUCCUACCAGACUUUAUGAGGAGGUUUCCUUUCAGGCGUAUUACUGAGACUGCUGUAAAGGAGAGGUGAGAGCGCUGCAGUGUCAGCUGUGACUGGGCACCAAUGGAAAAUUGUUUACAUGGCUCACAAGUCUGGGCGGAGGCCCCCGUAGCAGAAUGUUUCUUAGGUGGUGACAUAAGCCCCUUUUCCACCGGCUCGCCUCGGUUUGGUUUUUCUCUGUGGAACAGUUGGACCUGCUUCCAGGUCCUUUUUUACAUGUCACCUCCGUCGAGGAUCCAAGCGAGCUGAGGCGACGGUCAGAGAGCAGCGUCACUGUUCAGUGUGUCAUCAUUGCGCCUGACAGAGGCCAGCAACAGAAAGUUUUAUAUUUUUCAUACUAAAUCCACUUUUGAGAAGUUUUGAGGUGAGAAAUCAGCCCCUGGAGACGGCGCUCUGCAGGGACAGACGGCCCGGCUACAGGUAGUUUUCCCAGUUGGACUGUGCAGUCCCUCCUAGCUGCACCUCCAGUACCCAGAUUUUGGAGGAGGAGCGAGACUCUGAACAAUCUUAUAAACUAAGCAAACAUUUUAGGAUUUGUUGAGGUUUUCCCAGCUGAGCACAUUACACUUCUUCAGAAUAUGGCAGCCAUGGAAACUGAAUGUCCUCUUGUCUAGAGUUCUUAAGUUGUGGGUUACACCAACAUUUAAUUAAGUUAAUUAAACCGUACCAAUGAAACUGUCUCCAUUUUCCCCGACCAAGUCACAUAGGUUGCUUUCUACGAAAUGACCAGCCAAGUGGAUUGAAAUGAACCCGACUCUUUGGCUGAAGAUCAACAGCACGAACCUUGACUGAGGGUGUUGUGGAGUCGAUGGUCACAAGUCAGAAGGUUUGGUCUGAAACAACAUCGACAUCUUGUUAUCUUUGUAAAAUCAGUUAUUUUUAAACAGGAGUUUGGUCUGUUUGAUUUAAGAACAUUCAUGAACGUUUAAAAGCGGAAAAUAAAUUCUCUGCCGAGAACCAUCCAGCCAACGUCAUCUGCUGAUUUGGGUGAGGGUGGGUGAGUCAUUAACCUGGUUACCUGUCGUGCAGUGUAUUUCAGGCCCCGCCCCCUGCAGGUGUGCUCUCUCUGUCACCGGUCUGUAUUUCCCCACAGUGUUUCAGUGCUCAGGUGCGUGUCUCUGUCUCACCUGUCGCUCUGACUCGUCGUCUCUUGCUGCAGAGAUGUUGGACGAGGCGGUCGGCCUCGGCGCUGUGACCGUGCUGGGCGUGCUGGAGCAAGCUUAUUUCUCUCUGCAGGUGAUCUAUGCAAGGAGGAAGUAUUCGGUGUCUCCACCCGCCACAACGGGACCGCCUGAGUUUGAGAGAGUCUUCAGAGCUCAAGCCAACUGUUCCGAGUAUUUCCCCAUCUUCAUCACCGUCCUGUGGACGUCGGGAGUCUUCUUCAGCCCAGGUCUGUCGGCUGUCUGCGGUCUGCUGUAUUUACACGGACGCUUCCGUUACUUCCGCGGAUACUCGCAGUCGGCUCAGGGACGUCUGGCUCCGCUGUACUUCAGCGCUCAGGUUCUUUGGCUUCUGAUCGGGUUCUCGUCUGUCGGCGUGUUCCUCACGUUCUGCCGGGUUUACCUGAAUGUGGACCUGCUGCAGCAGCUCGGCUCUGCCCUCGGCCUGGUCUGAAGGAGAGGAAGGUCAGAGGUCGUGAGGAGAUGGCAAACUAAUCCUAAAACCCAUCGCUGAAAAUGAACGUGCAGCUUUCUACAACUACGUGUUUUAUGAUUCUUGGAUAUAUUUAUAAUCUCCUUAAUCUCAUCUUGUUUUAUUGUAGUUAAUCCUUUAGCUUUUACAUAAAUAUUACGUAUAAAUAUAUAUCUGCUUGUCUUUCAUUGUGAUUUGUCUUUUAAAUUCAGUUAGUGUUUAAUAUUGUCGCCUUAUUUUCUCCUUAUUUCUAAUAACAAUAAUAUUUCAUUGCUUUUUCUGUGUUGCAUGUUUUAAUCGUACAGUGUGAAUAAUUUAAUAUUAAUUUGUUAACUUUGUAUUUUUGCUCUAGAUGCUUAUAUAUUAUUUUAGCUUUUGGAGUGUAACAGAUGUUACAGAUGAAAAAACAGCCAACUCAUGUAUCAUUUACAGCAAUUUAUUAAUGUUUAUAGUUAAUACUGUUUAUUAGUGUUUCUUUAUCCAUCCGUCCAUCGUCAGCCGCUUAUCCUGCGUCCAGGGUCGCGGGGGGCUGGAGCCAAUCCCAGCUGACAUCGGGCGAAAGGCGGGGUAACCCUGGACAGGUCGCCAGUCCAUCGCAGGGCCACACACACACAGACAAACAACCAGUCACACUCACAUUCACACCUGUGGAUGUUUCUUUAUAAUUAUUAAUGUGUGUAUGUUUGUUUCUUUAUGGUUAAUAAUGUUUGUUAGUGUGUGUACAUGUCUGUGUAUUAAUGUUGGCGUUUUUUAAUGUUUGUGGUUUAUUAACGGUUCUUAAUGUGUAUUUCUGUGUGUUUAUGAAUGUUUGUGUAUUAAUGGUUCUUAGUCUUUGUUUAUCUUUAAUGUUUAUUUAUUUUUAUUAAUCUUUAUUUAUGUUUCUUAAUCUUUAUCAAGUGAUGUUAAUUUAAAUGUUAACUGUUUAUUAAUGUAUAUGUUUAGUAUUGUAUAUUAAUGGUUCCUAUUGUGUAUUAAUGUUUAUAUGUGUUUAUGUUUGUUUCUUUGUUAAAUAAACCAAUAAAUUGAAUAAAGUCACAGCUUCGGGUUCGA